GGGAAAUCAUCACUAUAAACUACUGCACAUUUUGCGCCGCUUGCCCCGCGUCAUCAUUUCUUGCCCACCGCCGAUUGACAGAAUCCUGGAAGUGCCGCGCGUUGGUAUCGGCAGAGGUGAACGCUCCUAUCUGCAGUCAAAAAAUAGCCCAGGCGCGCACACGCGGCUCUCGCGGGAAGAACUAUAGCCCAGGUUGAUUCAUACCCUUGCGUCGUCUAAACUUCUGCGCAUACCCAACCUUAGCGACUCGAGCCGCCAUUACUAUUCUAACGUCGUCCCGCGGAGUUGUGUCAGAACCGAGGCGACCAUGGUUGUCGACACGGCGUACUACGAUGCGCUUGGUGUAGCACCCACCGCAACUGAGAUUGAUAUCAAGAAGGCGUACCGGAAACUUGCGAUCAAACUCCACCCAGACAAGAACCCCGACGACCCUACCGCCCACGAGAAGUUCCAAGCUGUCGGUGAAGCUUACCAAGUACUGUCCGACACCGAUCUGCGAAAACAGUAUGACAAGCUGGGCAAAGAAGGCGCGAAGCCCGACUCGGGCUUCGAGGAUCCGGCCGAGUUCUUCACCAUGAUCUUCGGCGGAGAGACGUUCGUCGACUGGAUCGGCGAGAUCUCUAUGAUGAAGGAUCUGACCAAGAGCAUGGAAAUUUCUAUGAGGGAGGCCGACGAACAGGCACAGGAGCAGGCAACGGCAGAAGCAGCGGCAACAGCGGCGGCGGCAGACACAACCGCCGCCGGCGCAGCGUCAGGCACCUCAGCAACUCCUGACGUUCCUCCUGUCUCUGCGCAAGCUGUACCGGAUGCCGAAGCUGCCCAACCCCAGCCCGCCGCUGCGUCACAUGAGAUUCCGAUCCGUGAGACGAAGCCCGUGCAACCUGCUGGCUCAGGUACAUCUACACCACGUCCAGCGGGGAUCCCGACCCGUCUUGCUCUCACCGAGAGGGCCGAGGAAGAUGCUGCGGCUACAGCAGCAGGCAUGACUGAAGAGGAGAAGAAGCUGCGGGAGAAGGAGAAGCGCAAAGGUGGAUUGUCCAAGGAGCAACGCGAGGAGCUAGCAGCCUUUGAGGCCGAGCGCUCUCGAAUCCGCGAGGAACGAGUGAACACACUUUCAUCCAAGCUGAUUGACCGCGUCAGCGUCUGGACCGAGACGGACAAGGGCGCAGAUGUCACUGCGGCCUUCACAGAGAAGAUGCGGCUGGAGUUGGAGAACCUCAAGAUGGAGUCGUUCGGGAUUGAGAUCCUUCACGCCAUCGGUCAGACCUACGUCAUGAAGGCUACGACAUUCAUCAAAUCUCAGAAACCUAUCAUCGGAGGAGUGUCCGGCUUCUUCUCUCGCAUGAAAGACCGCGGCUCGGUCGUUAAGGACACCUGGGGAACUUUGUCAUCCGCCAUUUCGGCCCAGAUGGAGAUCGAGGAGAUGUCCCGCGCCGAGGCCAAGGGCGGCGAAGACUGGACGGACGAGAAGCGCGCGGAAUUCGAGAAGCGAGUGACGGGCAAGAUCCUGGCCGCGGCGUGGCGAGGCAGCCGGUUUGAGAUCGGUGGCGUGCUGCGCGACGUGUGCGACAACGUCCUUUACGACAAGAAGGUCAAGGUGGAGAAGCGAUUGGAGCGGGCCCACGCUCUCGUCAUCAUCGGCGAAAUGUUUGCCAAGGCUCAACGUGACCCUGACGAGGAAGGCGAAUACAUGGCCUUUGAGCAGCUCAUGGCCGAAGCUACCGCUAAGCGGGAGAAGAAGGACGACAAGAAGAAGAGAAGGCAUCACGGCAAGGACGAGGAGGAAGCAGAUGAGAAGCCGUUCCCUACAGCAGCAGCUGCGGCGGGCGGUGCAGCCGGUGGGGCAGCCGCGGCGGCAUCUUAG